CCUGUGCCACAAUGGCGGCGCUCACCUGGGUCACGUGACCCGCGCGAGGCUUGGCCGUGACGUCAGCGGCUGAUCAGCUGAUCACACUGAGAGGAGACAAGCUGCGGGACAGGGACCGCACAGGGACUCUCACCUUAUAUUACUGAGUUGUGUUUUCUACCGGUGGUGGUGGUGUGAACGCUAGCGUAGCACCAUGGGGGAGCUGUUCCGCAGCCAGGAGAUGACUCUGGCCCAGCUCUUCCUGCAGUCUGAGUCUGCCUACUGCUGUGUCAGCGAGCUUGGCGAGAUCGGCAUGGUGCAGUUCAGAGACCUGAACCCCGAUGUGAACGUCUUCCAGAGGAAAUUCGUGAACGAAGUGCGUCGUUGUGAAGAGAUGGACCGAAAACUGAGGUUUGUCGAGAAGGAGAUAAAGAAGGCCAAUAUACCCAUCGUGGACACAGGAGAGAACCCGGAGGUCCCUUUUCCUCGAGACAUGAUUGAUUUGGAGGCCACGUUUGAAAAGCUAGAGAUCGAGCUGAAGGAGAUCAACACCAACCAGGAAGCCCUGAAGAAGAACUUUCUGGAGCUGACCGAGCUCAAGCACAUCCUCAGGCGUACUCAGCAGUUCUUCGAUGAGAUGGAGGACCCUGCUCUACUGGAGGAAUCAUCCAUUCUUCUGGACCCGAACGAGAUUGUCCGAGCUCCUCUCAGGCUUGGCUUCGUGGCAGGCGUGAUCGGCCGAGAGAGGAUUCCCACAUUCGAGAGGAUGUUGUGGAGAGUCUGUCGAGGCAACGUGUUCCUGCGCCAAGCGGACAUCGAGGACCGUUUGGAGGACCCUGCUACAGGUGACCACGUGCACAAGUCAGUGUUUAUCAUCUUCUUCCAGGGAGAUCAGCUAAAGAACCGGGUGAAGAAGAUCUGUGAAGGGUUUCGGGCUACGCUGUAUCCCUGCCCUGAAACUCCGCAAGAGAGAAAGGAAAUGGCAGCAGGAGUCAACACUCGUAUUGAUGACCUCCAAAUGGUGCUAAAUCAGACCGAGGAUCAUAGACAGCGAGUCCUCCAGGCCGCGGCGAAGACCCUGCGCGUAUGGGUCAUCAAAGUGAGGAAGAUGAAGGCUAUCUACCACACGCUCAAUCUUUGCAACAUUGAUGUCACCCAGAAGUGUCUGAUCGCUGAAAUCUGGUGUCCCUUGUCCGACCUGGACUCCAUUCAGCUCGCUCUUCGGAGGGGCACGGAGAAAAGUGGUUCCACCGUUCCCUCUAUCCUGAACAGGAUGCAGACCACACAGACCCCACCCACCUACAACAAGACAAACAAAUUUACUUCUGGCUUCCAGAACAUUGUGGACGCAUACGGCAUUGGCAGCUACCGAGAAAUAAACCCUGCUCCCUACACCAUCAUCACCUUCCCCUUCCUGUUUGCCGUCAUGUUCGGGGACAUGGGCCACGGCAUACUGAUGACCUGCGCCGCUCUUUAUCUGGUUCUGCGAGAGAGUCGGCUUAGCGCCCAGAAGAAUGAUAGCGAGAUGUUCAGCAUGGUGUUUUCAGGCCGUUAUAUUAUUUUGCUGAUGGGGAUUUUCUCCACCUACACCGGGAUUAUCUACAAUGACUGCUUUUCCAAGUCUUUCAACGUCUUCGGCUCCAGCUGGAGUGUACGGCCCAUGUUCCAGAAUGGGACCGGCAACUGGACGUUUGAGAUUCUAGAGGAGAACAGGCUUAUGCAGUUGGACCCCGCGGUGCAAGGAGUGUUUGGCGGCCCCUACCCCAUCGGCAUUGACCCGAUCUGGAGCAUGGCCACCAACAAGCUGACCUUCCUGAACUCCUAUAAGAUGAAGAUGUCUAUAAUCUUGGGAGUUACUCACAUGCUUUUCGGCGUGAUUCUCAGCCUCUUUAAUCACAUCUAUUUUAAGAAGCCUCUGAACAUCUGGCUGGGCUUCGUUCCUGAGAUUAUCUUCUUGAGCAGCCUGUUCGGUUACCUGGUGCUGCUUAUCUUCUACAAGUGGACUGCAUACGACGCCUCAACCUCUAAGGAAGCGCCGAGCAUCCUCAUCUCGUUCAUCAACAUGUGUCUCUUCAACUAUAACGACCCCACUAUCAAACCGCUAUACAGAGGACAGAUGGUGAUCCAGUGUCUGCUGGUGGUCAUUGCUCUUCUGUGCGUGCCUUGCAUGCUCAUAGUGAAGACACUGAUCCUGCGCAGACAGUACCUCUGGAGGAAGCACCUCGGCACUCAGAACUUCGGGGGGAUUCGGGUGAGCAACGGUCCUACAGACGAUGAAGCUGAGAUCAUCCAGCAUGACCACUCGCAGAACUUAGAGGAGGAGCCAGAGCAGUCAGAAGAGGAAGUGUUUGAUUUUACAGAUGUAGCAGUGCAUCAGGCCAUUCACACUAUAGAGUACUGCUUAGGCUGCAUCUCGAACACGGCCUCCUACUUGCGUCUGUGGGCCCUGAGUCUAGCCCACGCACAGCUUUCAGAGGUCUUGUGGUCCAUGGUGAUGCACAUCGGACUCAACUCUAGAAAUUUUACCGGGUUCUUGGCCCUCAUUUUCUUGUUUGCUUUCUUCGCCACACUGACUGUGUGCAUCUUACUGAUAAUGGAGGGUCUGUCUGCGUUCCUGCAUGCCCUCAGAUUGCACUGGGUGGAGUUUCAGAAUAAAUUCUACUUAGGACAGGGCUUCAAGUUCAUGCCCUUCACCUUCGACAGCAUCCUGGAGGGGACAUUUGAAGACUGAACACCUUCACCUUCUCAGCCUUCCUCCACAAUCAUCCUCCUGAAGCGCCAGUCAGAGCAGCAGCAACAAGACCGAACUUGUAUUUAAAAUUUCCAUCGUGUCUGAUUUUGUUUGUUUUCGAUAAAUAAGCUAAUGUAUUUGUUCCAAAGAAGAGUUGAGGAAUCUGUAAUAUAAACACAGUAGUCGUCUAUACAGUGUAAAAUAUUUCUGGCUCCAGUCUGAUUUCACUGCCAUGUUUUCUCUCGUUCUUUUGUAUAUUGUGUACUUAUUGAGUCGGAACAGAUCUCUCUUUUCCUCUUUCUGUUUCUCAUGCAAAGGGACUCGAUGCAAAAUUCUACAAAGGGAAAGAAAAAGAAAAAACAUGAAGAUUUUCCUUUUAUUAUUUCCACAAACAAAUGUACUUAUAUCUGUUUACAUUUAUUUAAUUGUUUUAUUUAAUGAGUAAGAUUAUUUUUUUCAUCAUUUCUUUUUCCCCUUUCACAAACAACAUAUCUGAGCUUUGUAAUCUUUAUAUCAUAAAGGGGUAAGACAUCGACUGAUCAAUCAUGAACGAUCAGGAAAUUUCUCUUCCCAAUGGAUACACAGUCAUUAUUAGCCUUUGUGUCCGUUUUGUUUUCUAAAUUGCUGUAUGUUUGUUGAUGGACACUCCAAAUAAUCAUUACUAAUAAGUUCAAAUCGGCUCAUAGUUUCCCGUUGUGUCCUUCUUGAUUUGGCUGCUUCAUGUCGUAGCUUUUACAGGCCGAGCGAAAUCACUGCAAGAAUUUACGACGUCAAAAUUCUACAAUGGAAAGCGAUUUGGACGUUGUGUACGUUUGUCAAUAAAAAAGCGAGGCUGGGAAA